GAGCCGCGGCUUUGUCCUAUAUGAGCGCGCGCGGGGCCACGGCUGCCGCCAUUUUCACCGCUGUCGCCGUCGCGCCGUUACUCAGUUCUUAAAGGGGCCGCGCCGCCUCUUUACGUUUUUUAAUUCAGUUUUCCGAGCGCCUCCGCGCCGUCCGGGUGGGCCCGAACCCCACCGCCAGACUCCGCCGCCAUGAGGGAGAUCGUCCACAUCCAGGCGGGCCAAUGCGGCAACCAGAUCGGCGCCAAGUUCUGGGAGGUGAUCAGUGAUGAGCACGGCAUCGACCCCACGGGCACCUACCAUGGGGACAGCGACCUGCAGCUGGACCGCAUCAGCGUCUACUACAACGAGGCCACAGGGGGUAAAUACGUGCCCAGGGCCAUCCUGGUGGACCUGGAGCCUGGCACCAUGGACUCGGUGCGCUCCGGCCCCUUCGGGCAGAUCUUCCGGCCCGACAACUUCGUCUUCGGCCAAAGCGGUGCCGGCAACAACUGGGCCAAGGGUCACUACACGGAGGGCGCCGAGCUGGUGGACUCGGUGCUGGACGUGGUGCGCAAGGAGGCCGAGAGCUGCGACUGCCUGCAGGGCUUCCAGCUGACCCAUUCCCUGGGCGGCGGCACCGGCUCGGGCAUGGGCACGCUGCUGAUCUCCAAGAUCCGCGAGGAGUACCCCGACCGCAUCAUGAACACCUUCAGCGUGGUGCCCUCCCCCAAGGUGUCGGACACGGUGGUGGAGCCCUACAACGCCACGCUGUCCGUGCACCAGCUGGUGGAGAACACGGACGAGACCUACUGCAUCGACAACGAGGCGCUCUACGACAUCUGCUUCCGCACCCUCAAGCUGACCACGCCCACCUACGGCGACCUCAACCACCUGGUGUCGGCCACCAUGAGCGGCGUCACCACCUGCCUGCGCUUCCCCGGCCAGCUCAACGCCGACCUGCGCAAGCUGGCCGUCAACAUGGUGCCCUUCCCGCGGCUGCACUUCUUCAUGCCCGGCUUCGCGCCGCUGACCUCGCGGGGCAGCCAGCAGUACCGCGCCCUCACCGUGCCCGAGCUCACCCAGCAGGUCUUCGACGCCAAGAACAUGAUGGCCGCCUGCGACCCGCGGCACGGCCGCUACCUCACCGUGGCCGCCGUCUUCCGCGGGCGCAUGUCCAUGAAGGAGGUGGACGAGCAGAUGCUGAACGUGCAGAACAAGAACAGCUCCUACUUCGUGGAGUGGAUCCCCAACAACGUGAAGACGGCCGUGUGCGACAUCCCGCCGCGCGGCCUCAAGAUGGCCGUCACCUUCAUCGGGAACAGCACGGCCAUCCAGGAGCUCUUCAAGCGCAUCUCGGAGCAGUUCACGGCCAUGUUCCGGCGCAAGGCCUUCCUGCACUGGUACACGGGCGAGGGCAUGGACGAGAUGGAGUUCACCGAGGCCGAGAGCAACAUGAACGACCUGGUGUCCGAGUACCAGCAGUACCAGGAUGCCACGGCCGAGGAGGAGGAGGAUUUCGGCGAGGAGGCUGAAGAGGAGGCCUGAGGGGUUUCUCCAGAGGUUGUGGUCCUCGGCAGUGUUGCUCUUCCCCUUCCCGGUGUGUUGUCCCAGAGAGGCGUCAACUGGUGGGCGGCGCCUUCAGUUUCCUCAUCAUUGUCCUUCAUCGUCAGUGUUGGCCCUGGUCAUCAGCGGCAGCGGAGUCCCCACCCGACCUUCAGCGUUGUCCUCACAGUCCCCAGGCUUCACCAUCUUAAAGAGUCUCCAACCUUCAUCAUCAUCAGUGAGUCCUUGGCCUUUUGUCACCCUUGGAGAGUGUCCAAUCUUGAUUAUGGUCAGACCUUCCAACUUCUGUCAUCUUCAUUCCUGAGGAGUUCCCAAUUUUCAUCAGCAUUGAAGAGUUCCUAACCUUCAUCAUCAUCUUCGAAGAGUUCCCAGCCUUCAGCGUUGUCCUCACAGUCCCCAGCCUUCAUCAUGGUCAUUCUCAAAGAAUCCCCAGUCCUCAUCAUCAUUGAAGAGUCUCCAAUCCUGAUGAUUGUCAGAGCUUCCAACUUCCAUGAUCGUUGAAGGAUCCCCGAGGUUCAUCAUUGUCAAGGAGUCUCCAGCCUUCAUCUUCCUCGAGUUCCCAGAGUUCAUCAUCAUCCUCCUCACAGAGCCUCCAGGAGCUCCUGGCCUUCAUCAUGGUCCUUGCAGAGUCUUCAGUCUUCAUCACUCUCAGCCCUUGGUCUUCAUCAGGGCUAGUCACUUGGCCUUGACCUUCAUCAUCCUCAUCAUGGAAGAGCUUCAGAGAUCCCUUGGCCUUCAUCAUGGUCCGUGAAAAACCCUCGAUCUUCAUCGUCUUCAUCAUGGAAGAGCCUCCAAGAGUUUUUGACCUUAACUCUCAUCAUGGACGAGUUGCUGACCAUCAUCAUCAUCGACACCUCUGCCCCUCCCCCACUCCCACCACAGCCUCCUGUCCCCUCUCCUGCCCCACUCUGGUUCCAUUUUCCCCAUUUUUUUUGUAAUUUUUCCCAAUUUCUGUCAGUUUUUCCCAAUUUUUUUUGUUAUUUUCCAUCUUUUUUGUCAUUUUCCCCUUUUUUGAUUAAUUUUCCUCCUUUUUCCCCAUUUGUCUUAAUUUUCAUCCAUUUUUCCUCAUUUUUGGUCAGUUUCCCUCAUUUUUAGUAUUUUUUUGCAUUUUUCCUCUUUUAUUUCCCAGUUUUGGUCGCUCUCAGCCCAAUUCCAUUCCUUUUUCCCUACUUUUGGGUCCUUUCUCCCAGUUUUUACUUGAUUUUUCCCUAUUUUUACUCAGUCGUUUUAUUACCCAUUUUUCCUUAUUUUGGGUUCAUAUUUCUCAAUUUUUAUGAUUUUUUUUCCCCAUUUUUUUGUUCAUUUUUACCCAUUUCUGUCCCUUUUUCCUGAUUCCGUCGCCGUUCCGGUGUCCGGUCGCUCUCUCCCAUUUUUGGAUGUUUUUGUUUUUUUCCCUUUCUUUUGUUUUUCAUAUUGAAAAGUCGCCCCCGGGUCCGGAAUAAACUCGGGAUGGAAAAGCCA